AUUUAUUUAAUAAACAUCAAAAAAUUAUAGUUUUUAUUAAUUUAAACAAAUUUGUGUAUUUUUAUUCGCUGUAUUUUGAUCGUUCAAUUUAUGUGUUAGAAAUUUGCGUUUGACACAGAAAUUAAAAGUCGUAAUCAAAACAAAAAAUGAUCUAAUCGAAAAAGAACAAAAAAAUCAUUACGAGAAUCGCACAUUUUGUGAAUAACAAAACAGUUUUCAUCUAACGAAUUUCAAAGUAUUAUUAAUUUUUUCGACGGCAUUAAACCUAACUAUGUUCUCAUCAUAAGAUUUUUUUAUUGACGAAUUUUUUUCAAAAAAAAGUCGCAGUUUUGUGCAGCAAAAAUUGGUUUUGUGACGAAAUUCAUGCCUUUCCAUUGCAUUAAAGAAAAUAAUUUAUCUCAAAAUUACCAAGUUCAACUCAAAAUUGACAGUUUUCUUUUGAUAAAAAAGAACUUAAAUUCGGUUGGUACACUAAGAAUUUGAAAAGAAAAAUGUGGAAAAUAAUUGUGCUAGUAUCAGUCGCUCUUGGAUUAUACUUAUUGGAUAUGGAUACUGUAAAUGGCCAAGUGGAUGGCUAUAUAGCCGGUAUUGAUUUUCCAGCUUAUGAUACAGUGCCUAAAGGUUUGUCAUUUAGUUGCAAAGGACGAUUACCCGGAUAUUAUGCGGAUGUGGAAACACGUUGUCAGGUUUGGCAUUGGUGUCUCUUUUCCGGUACAAUCUAUUCUUUUCUGUGCCCAAAUGGAACCGUAUUUAAUCAAGCUUACCGAGUAUGCGAUUGGUGGACCAAUGUAGAUUGCCCAUUUGCCGCGCAACUCUAUCGAAAUAACGAGGAGUUGUAUCGCAAUCCAAGUGCGAAUGAAGUAUGAUAUACGAAUCGAGACGUAGGUGGCGUA